AUGUCUGUGCUCAGGCGGAUGAUGCGGGUCUCCAAUCGGUCCCUCCUCGCCUUCAUCUUCUUCUUCUCCCUCUCCUCGUCUUGCCUCUACUUCAUCUAUGUGGCUCCGGGCAUCGCCAACACAUAUCUCUUUAUGGUACAAGCUCGAGGAAUAAUGUUGAGAGAGAAUGUAAAAACAAUAGGACAUAUGAUCAGGCUGUACACAAAUAAAAACACUACACUCAAUGGUACAGAUUAUCCUGAAGGCAAUAAUUCAAGUGAUUAUCUUGUUCAAGCAACAACGUAUCUUCCGGGAAACUUCACAUAUUCGCCAUACCUCCCCUGCCCAGAAAAGCUGCCUUACAUGCGGGGAUUCCUCAAUGUCAAUGUAAGUGAAGUCAGUUUUGAUGAAAUUCAUCACCUCUUCUCCAAGGAUUUAGAUAUUGAGCCAGGAGGUCACUGGAGGCCUAAAGACUGUAAACCCAGGUGGAAGGUGGCAGUUCUCAUUCCUUUCCGUAAUCGCCAUGAACAUCUUCCAAUUUUUUUCUUGCAUCUGAUUCCAAUGCUCCAAAAACAGCGGCUGGAAUUUGCCUUUUAUGUCAUUGAACAGACUGGCACACAGCCUUUUAAUCGUGCAAUGCUCUUCAAUGUGGGCUUCAAAGAGGCCAUGAAAGACAGUGUCUGGGACUGUGUAAUCUUCCACGAUGUGGAUCAUCUACCUGAAAAUGACCGAAACUAUUACGGAUGUGGAGAAAUGCCACGUCACUUUGCAGCCAAGCUGGAUAAAUACAUGUAUAUUCUUCCUUAUAAAGAGUUUUUUGGCGGUGUAAGUGGACUGACAGUGGAACAGUUCAGAAAGAUCAAUGGUUUUCCUAAUGCCUUCUGGGGAUGGGGAGGAGAAGACGAUGACCUUUGGAAUAGGGUUCACUAUGCUGGAUAUAAUGUAACAAGACCAGAGGGGGACCUGGGAAAAUACAAGUCUAUUCCUCAUCACCAUCGAGGUGAAGUCCAGUUCUUAGGACGGUAUAAACUACUAAGAUACUCAAAAGAGCGCCAGUACAUCGAUGGGUUGAACAAUUUAGUAUAUACGCCAAAAAUACUGGUUGAUAGGUUGUAUACAAAUAUAUCUGUAAACCUCAUGCCAGAGUUAGCUCCAAUUGAAGACUAUUAAAAGAAGUAGCUCUCAUGGCAAGAUAGACCACAAUGCUGGAUCGGGAACUUGGAGUGCACUCUUAAUAGAGGUCAGUGAAUGGAUGUGUCACAGUGCCCUGGGUGGUGAGAAGAAGAGCCUGUGUUCUCAGUGUUUACUUGUGGGAUUGUAUACAGUCAGCCUUCUUCCACCCACCCAUCCUCUAUCCUGAGACACACCCCAUGGCGAGC